CAACCGAGCUAUGCAAUUUACUCAUUACAGAUCCGGUUGGUCCCCGUGGAAUCAGAUGAAUAUGAUGCAACUGCCGAUGAAAGUUUUGAACUGUAUAAAAAUUACCAAAAUUCAAUUCAUAAAGAUACGCAGUGUACUCGACGAGGUUUUACAGACUUUUUGACCGAUUCGCCUCUUUUCAGUGACGAAGAAGGCGCCGAAAAUAAGUCCGUGGCACUUGGUACUUACCAUCAGCAGUAUUAUUUGGAUGGCCAGCUGAUUGCUGUUGGUGUUGUGGAUAUUUUGCCGCGCUGUUUAUCCAGCAAAUAUCUUUUUCAUGAUCCUCAGUAUAAAUUUCUCAUGCUUGGAACAUAUACCGCUUUAAGGGAAAUUGCAUUUGUUAGAGAACUUAUGAAAGAAAGACCAGAGUUGCAUUAUUACUAUAUGGGUUACUACAUACAUUCAUGCGCAAAAAUGCGUUACAAAGGACGUUUUCAUCCAUCUGACUUGUUGUGUGAUCGGAGUUUUACGUGGGUUCCCUUGGAAAAAUGUAUCGAAAUGAUGGGAAGCAACGGGGAACGACUGGAAGCAUUUGCACCUGAUGCACCCGAACCUGAAAAAUGCCCAACGGCGGCUGUUCGAUGUCUUUAUAACAGGUAUCUGUACUUCAGUAACUUCCUUGACUUAUAA